AUGCACCUCGUCAACAAACAGCUACACAAGCAGUAGCAAACCCUAAGCAAGACAUAAAUUGCAUAUUUGUUUAUAUCGCUAGAUGUCCGGACGAGUCAAGCAAGAUUGGUGUCCCCAAUUCUAGGUGAUUGCAAUUAGAUGUGCACAUGUGAUAUACUUUGGGCAAUUUUGAUGCAAUAAACAGAGUAGGAAAUAGGUCCAAGCUACCUAAGAAGAGGGAUGGACAGUACCUGCCAUCCAAGAAACCUGCAAUUAUAAAAGGCACACUGGUCCACCGUCACUCGGAUCGCGACGACCUGCCCCGAACCUUGCGUAGGAGUAUCACCACGCGAUGCGGAGACAUACAUUAUACUAAGAAGGACAUGUCUCACUACCAAGAGGAUGACAUUGACGGAAUGGCUGAUGAGUAUGAAAUGGCUGAUAUGGAUGGUGACAUGGAUGAAGAGUAUCAUGGAAGAGGAAUGGGAGAUUCAGAUUCUGAUGAUGAAGAAUAUGGCCAGUUGAAUGGUAAGGUGACAGAUACUUCAUCUGCACAAGCAAGGAAAGGAGAGGAUAUACAAGGAAUACCUUGGGAUAGGCUAAGUAUAACAAGGGAAAGGUACAGACAAACUAGAUUGGAACAAUAUAAGAAUUAUGAGAACAUUCCCAAUUCUGGAGAAGCAUCAGAAAAGGAUUGUAAACCAACCAAGAAAGGAGGAUUGUAUUAUGAGUUUUGGCGCAAUACAAGAUCUGUGAAAUCAACUAUUCUUCAUUUUCAGCUUAGGAACUUGGUCUGGGCUACAUCAAAACAUAAUGUCUACCUUAUGUCACACUUCUCAGUCAUUCAUUGGUCAUCAUUAAGUUGUAAGAAGUCUGAAGUUCUAAAUGUUUCAGGGCAUGUGGCACCAUGUGAGAAACACCCAGGGAAUUUAUUGGAAGGAUUUUCUCAGACUCAAGUUAGUACAUUAGCAGUAAAGGAUAAGUUACUUAUAGCUGGUGGCUUUCAGGGGGAACUUAUUUGUAAGUAUCUGGAUCGACCUGGAGUGAGCUUUUGCUCCCGGACAACUUAUGAUGACAAUGCAAUUACAAAUGCUGUAGAGAUAUAUGACAGUUCCAGUGGAGCUGUACGCUUUAUGGCUUCAAACAAUGACUGUGGAGUUAGAGAUUUUGACAUGGAGAAGUUUCAACUUUCCAAGCAUUUCCAUUUUGAGUGGCCAGUGAAUCAUACAGCACUCAGUCCUGAUAGAAAGGUUCUUGUCAUUGUGGGAGACGACCCUCAAGGAUUGUUGGUGGAUGCUCAUACUGGAAAGACUAUCCAGGUUUUGCAUGGACACUUGGACUACUCAUUUGCUUCAGCAUGGAACCCGGAUGGUCGGACAUUCGCCACCGGUAACCAGGAUAAGACUUGCCGGAUUUGGGAUGCCCGAAACCUCUCCAAAUCAGUUUCCGUCUUGAGAGGAAAUCUUGGAGCUAUAAGAUCGAUCCGCUUCACCUCAGAUGGUAGAUUUAUGGCAAUGGCUGAGCCCGCAGACUUUGUUCACAUUUUUGAUGUGGGAAGUGGGUACAACAAGCAACAGGAAUUGGAUUUCUUUGGUGAGAUAUCAGGCAUGUCAUUUAGCCCUGACACGGAGGCUCUCUUUGUUGGUGUGUGGGACCGCACUUACGGCAGCCUCCUCCAGUACAAUCGCCGCCGAGUUUUCUCAUACCUCGACUCACUACAUUGAGGUAGAGUCUCCCUCUUCUAUCACAUCUUUUUUGGUUUCAUCUGCUUUGAUGCCCUAUAUUUGGAAAACUAGAAACAACCCCAAUCUCCAAAGUUAAAUGGGAUAAAAAUGGACUCAUGGCGGGGUGUAUGAAGAAGGCUUGUACAGUUGCUUGAGAGAGUGCACUGGUGAGGUUUGAGGUACUUGUGGGAGCUCUCAGUGUGCAGAGGACUGUAAGUUCUAACUAGAUGACUAGCCUGGUACUCAUGUAACCUUGGUUCUAUGGUAAUCUUUUGUCGUCCAACUGUUUGUCUUAAGCUCUAGUGCUUGUUACCUAUGUCUCUUGUUUGUUGUGGGUUCUUCUCAGUACCUAGCCUUGUGAAUAAGGCAUUGUGAUGUAUUUGAUCCUUGCCAAGCUGAACACGUUGGAAGAUUCUGCAUUCCUUGUCACCUGGCUGGACCUCUCCAACUCGCUAGCCGAUUUCUAAUGGCGAUAAUAGUUAGCAAUGAAGUAGCAUUCAAGACUUGCAAAUUUAACAGACAUGUAUCAUUUGUCUUACUUCAAGAAGAGUUCAUUUUUAGUUGAUGCAUCUUUUGCAUUACUUUCUCUAGAACUCGAUAUAAAGAGUAAAGUGUAUCAAGAGGGGUGUAUCAAACAAGAGUUGUAGAGGCGAUAAUCUAGCGUAUUGAGUUAUAAUGUAUAACAGAAAUAUUUCUUGAGCUU